AUGCUCCCAACAAAAAGUUUGGCUCUCAAACAAGAGAAAGCUGCAGCAGGAUAUAAAAAAAGUAAGGACAGAGUUACUGUGUUGGCUUGCAGUAACGCAACAGGAACUCAUAAAUUAAAAUUGGCUCUGAUAGGAAAGGCCAGGAAACCUAGAGCCUUCAAAAAUAUUAAAAUGAAUGGUGACCAUUUUGACCUCCCCGUUUUUUACAGACACCAAUCAAAUGCUUGGAUGUCAGAGAGCACUUUUAACGAAUGGUUUCACAAACAGUUUGUGCCCGAAAUUAAGAAGCAUCUAAAGUCCCAGAACCUUCCAAUGAAAGCACUCUUGAUCCUCGACAACGCAACAACGCACCCGGCUGUAGAUGUCAUUCAAGACGGAGAAAUUAAAGCUAUGUUCUUGCCCCCUAACGUAACCUCCCUUUGCCAGCCUAUGGACCAAGGAGUUUUGGUAACGCUCAAGAAGUUGUAUAGGAAGAAACUCCUUUCAUGUCUCAUUCAAGCCCUAGAUGAAGGAGUCGAAUUAGUGGAUAAGUUAAAAAAAAUUGAUAUGCUGGAUGUUGUUGACUGGAUUUCCCAGGCAUGGGAUGAACUCAAUCCCCUAACGCUCGUGCGUUCUUGGAGGAAGCUCUUGGACCACCAGGGAAAUGAGUUCAACGAAGAAAUUAAAGAUGACGAGCUAGCCACUUUAAUGGAAAAAAUCCCAGGUUGUGAAGAAGCUUCACCUACAGAUGUUUUCGAGUGGAUGGAACAAGAUGAAGAAAGCGGACCAACUUCAGAGGAAGAAAUAGUUGAUGCUUUAAAAUCAAGAGAGGAUAGUGAAGAAGAGUCAGAAGACGACGAAGAUACCACUCAAAAAUCAAAACUGACACACAGCGAAGGUGUAAAAUUCUUCGAGGGAGCGAUCCAGUAUUUACAGGAACAAGGGACGACUGGAAUGGACAUUUUGUUUCUUCGACGAUUACGUGACGAGGCGGCUCGGCGAAGAAACCAAAUUCGACAUCUUGAUAGUUCGACACCACCCCGUUAG